UAUCGAUAGUUCUCACUGAGUGGAGUUCAUGAACGGACGGAACAGAGGAUAACUAUGAAGUAUUUUUUAAUACUUAUAUUAUUUUGUUUCUAUCAAAACGGCGUGAUAUAUUGCUCUAACUUUGGUGAAUUUGUAGCACAAAAGUUUCACCAAUUUUCAAACAAAGUAACGUCUGCUUUUAAAAUUUUAAGACAGAAAAUUAGUUCUUUAAUUUUUCCUGAAGUGGAUUCCGUUAUAAGUGAUGCAAGAAAAUACGCUAAUAUGAAACAAAAAACUAAAGCAGCAUUUUGUGACUUCAUUGAAGAAGAAGCUGCACAAAUGGAAAACGAAACACCUGGAUAUGACAAAUUGCGAUCAGAACCAACAGCUCUCAUGUCCACUCUCCAAUUAGCAACACUUCAUGGGAAGAGAAUGGAAUCACACGUUGUUACUUCUCAGGAUGGCUAUCUUCUCACCUUGCAUCGCCUAAAGAGCCCGGCUUUUUUGAAUGAAAAUACAGUAAGCAGUCUCAAUAACUCUACCGUAUUAUUGCAUCAUGGAUUACUAGGAAGUUCAGCUGAUUGGAUUUUACUAGGUCCAGAAAAAUCUUUGCCAUAUAUAUUAUCAAAUGCAGGAUGUGAUGUUUGGCUUAUUAAUGCUAGAGGAAAUUAUUACUCAAGAGGUCAUAUGAAUAAAAGAGUGGAUUCUUUAGAAUACUGGAAUUUCUCUUUUCAAGAAAUGGGUGAAUAUGAUUUACCGGCUAUUGUUGAUUACAUCAGAAACACUAAAAAUAGUACGGAUCAAAUCAGUUUUAUUGGACAUUCUUUAGGAGCUACUGCCUUUAUUAUUAUGUUAUCUUCUCUACCAGAAUAUAAUAAUUACUUCAGAAUUGGUGUAUUAUUGGCUCCUUUGGUUUAUAUGACGAAUGCAAUAGGACCUCUUCGGAUUAUUACUUCUAUGGCCAAAACACCUCCGGAACAAUUACUAAAUUUACUUGGAAAUGGAGAAUUUUUGCCUAACAGAAAAAUUCCAUCUUGGAUUGCAAGCAGAUACUGUAACGGACAUGAAAUGUAUUGCUUAAAUCCUCUAUUAUUUCUUAGCGGUAGUAUACCAGAAGAAGAUUCAUGGGAUAAAAGUUUGAUUGCCAACGUUCUUUACCAUUUACCAGCUGGUGGAUCAACCAAAACUAUUUUGCACAUAGCACAGUUAGUAAAAAGUGGAACAUUUCAUAAAUUUAAUAACGAAAAGGAAUUAUUUUCUGUAAAUAAUGUUAAAGUUCCUAUUGCUUUAUUUAGCUCUAGAGAUGAUUGGAUUGCUACUACACCCGACGUAUUGAGAUUAUUUUUUAGUAUUGUGAACCCAAUAGAUCAUUUUGCAAUCAAACAUAAAAAAAUAAGCCACACUGAUUUUGUAUGGAGUCCAAAUGCAAACAUUUUAAUAUUUGAAAAAGUCCUAUAUUAUCUUGAAAAUGGAUUAACAAUCAAUUCAACAAAUACGAAUGAAAUCCUAGGUUAAAUUUUGACCUAUUGUAAUUAAAUAUGUAAAUGAAUUUUUGAUGUCUUAUUAUAUUUAUAAAGAAUUAGACGUGCACAAGUUAUUUAGAACAUUUAUUUAAACCUACCUGCCUACCAACCUAAACAUCAGCCAUACUAGCCUCGGAUUAGAUUAUGUAUUAGAGCAACGUCCUCAUUUUAUUGGUAAUCUUAUCAGAUGAGAAAACUUCUAUAAGGUGCUAGAGCAAAAAGUUUAGUAUGUUUAUCACUAAAACUGAAAACAUAUGUUUUUAGGAGAUACAUUAAAGAUUAUCGAUACCCUAUUGCCUAAUUCAUAUAUUAUGUAGCAUGAGUAGUUAGUUAUACUUAGUUGAUUUAAUGAUCGAUAAAUUAAAAAUUUAUAACAUCAGGUAGAAAAAACAAGA